CUGCAUUCCUGCCUUGCAGCUGAACUUCUAGCCAGCCGUGACUUCUCUCAAAUAUAUCUUUAUUGCAGACAGGCAGCUCUUGCUCAGCUGCGUGAACUUGGCUGAAUCCCAAUAGAGAGCCCAUUCUCAGCCUAUGGCCUCCUCCUGUUCAGCCCUUUUGCUAGGUGAUUCUGCUACUUUUGCUGCUGCUCUCAGGACUCUCAUCAACAACGCACAGUUCAGCGAUGUGACAUUUCUGGUUGGCAGAGAGCAGCAGGAAGUCUUUGCCCAUCGCUGCCUCCUGUCCUCCCGCUGCCAGGCAUUCCAUGCAAUGCUGAGCCAGCCCCAGGAGGUACAAGCCCCAUUGAUCCUGAGCCAGGUGCAGCCAGAGGUGUUCCUUGCGGUCAUUGAGUACCUGUACACCAACUGUGUUACUCUCAACAAUCUCAUUGCCUUAGAAGUUCUGACAUCAUCCAUGGAAUAUGGGCUGGAUGACCUGAGAAGGAUAUGUAUUGAAUUCAUCAAAGGCACACUGAAUGUCGAGCAGGCCUGUGAAGCCUUUCAGGUGAGUUUCAUUGUUCCCUAUUCACUAGUAGAUUGCAGAAGUAUUGUCUGAACUUUCAUUGAAAACUGUACUCAGGAGGUGGUUCAAACACGUGGUUUCCUGGAGCUAUCAGAAGUGGCAAUGCAAACUCUCUUACGGAGCAACUGCUUAACUAUUGAUGAGGUGAAGCUGAUCCAUGCUGUUCGCGAGUGGGCCCACGUUGGAUCAGCUGUGCUGGCUAGGCCUGUGCAUGAUGUGGCAGAGGCUGUUGUGCCAGGGCUGCGUCUGGCUCUCCUGUCACCAAGUGAGCUGACCACCCUGGAGGAAGAGAACAGGAAAGACCAACUGAUACCGGUUGAGAGUCUGGUUGAGGCCUGGAAGACACAUGCCCUGUGCAAGGGACGUGGCACACGAUCAUCCUUGUGCCGCCGUCGGCGUGGCACACUGCCCCGAGAACACCAUCGCCGCCUUGACCCUCAGCACAAGUGACAUAAUACCCAUGAACUGAAAAAAGUACUUCUCUGCCCAAACCAAUCAACUUUGGUGUUGGAACAGGCAGCUGUCGUUUGAAUACCUUGCAUGUGAGGGUGAACGAGGGCCUUGUUCCUUCCAAGCUGGGGCUGUAUGUCACAUACAGUUUUUGACCCAUUUCUGUUAUUGUUUCUUCUAACUCAUUUCUGUCCCUGGUGGCAGGAGGCUCUUUCUUCCACAGUCAGGCCUGCUUCAGGAUAAAAUUCUUUCUCUGUGAAAUCUGCUUAUGUUUGGAACAUUUGGACAGAAAGUUUGGACUGGUUGUAUUAAUAACCCAGAGUUCAAAGCCAUGUGGUACCUGCCCUCAUCCACUGUGCAGUAAUUCCCCAUCAAAAGGAUUUCAUAAAAUCAUAGAUUUUGGAGGGGCCAUUAGGUUCAGCCACCUGCUCAGUGCAGGAUCUCCAACUAGAGAGCAUCCCCAGCAGGCAGCUGUCCAGCCUCAUUUUGAAGACAUCCAGAGAAGGAGACCCCUGCUAUCUCUCUAGGCAAUUGGUUCUGCUGCUGAAUCACUCUCACUGUCAAGAAGGUCCAUCAAAAUCUACCUUCCUAUAACUUAACUUAAUCCAUCAAAAUCUACCUUCCCAUAACUUAAAACUAUUAGACCUGAUAAUAGAACUGUCUGAGGCAACAGAGAAUAAGCCUGCAACCUCCUCUUUGUGGCAGCCCUUGAAGUAUUUAAAGAGUGCAAUCAUUUCAUCCUUUAGUCUUAUUUUUACCAAUAUUUCAGCUCCUUCAACCUCUCCCCAUAUAUUUUGUUCUCUCUGCCUCUUAUCAUCUUCAUUGCCCUUUUCUGAACCUGCUCCAACUUGUCUUUCUUAAAAUGAGGUGCCCAGAACUGACACAGAUGAGGUCUGACCAGCAAAGGAUAUAGUAGGACAAUUACUUCCUUUGACUUGGAAACUAUGGGGCUUGACAGACCACCCCAAAGGGGCAGCGGGACAUCACCUAUUUCUUAACUAGAUCAGGGCCACAGCAACCUCACGCCACGGCCCCGAUCUGACCUUUCAAGAGUGAAAAAGGAGCCACAAAAAGUGGCUCCUUUUUGCACCUCAGAAGGGCACCAUAGCUGUGGUGGUGCAGCUAUAUGGUGCUCCAUCAUAUGAGCACAGUGCAUCAUGACAUUGUGCACCGUGUGGAGUGGCGCGUGGCAUCAUGUGUGUCAUCUGGAUGCGAUGCCCUGACUCCGCCCCCAGGCUGGCCUUUCAGGCUGGUCUGUAUAGGAGAUGUACUUCUAUUAAUGCAGGAUAAUAUAGCAUUUGCCUUUUUUUGCUGCAGCAUUACAUUGCUGGCUUAUGCUCAAUUUAUGAUCAACAAUAAUCCCAAGGUACAUUCCAUAUAUAUUUCUACUGAGCCAAGUAUCUCCCAUCCUAUAGCUGUGCAUUUGGUUUUUGUGGCAUGAAUGGAUAAUUUUGCACUUGUCUAUGUUGAAUGUUAUUUUAUCAGUUUCAGCCCAAUUUUCUGCUUUAUCAUUGUCCUUUUCAAAUCUGUUUCUGUCUUUCAAUGUGUUAGCUAUCCAUCCCAGUUUUGUGUCAUCUGCAAAUUUAAUAAGUUUUUAAUAAAGUUUUGUAUCAUCUGCAAAUUUAAUUCCCUUCCACCUCAUCUAAAUAAUUGAUAUAGAACAAUUUUGGAGAUAUAUCAAUACUAGCAAGGCACCUACUUAUUAAAACCAAUGAAUGCAUUAGACCUUGGCUAUGGGCUGUUCACACAAGGACCCGGGGCAGGUAUGAUGUAUAGAUUUGGGAUGCUAACAGUCUCAUGUUUUGAAGUGUCUGGGUUAGGUGAAAAUCUGGAAAUAGAAGCUUAAUCAGAGCUCAUGUGCUAAAGCUUGCACUGCCACUGUAAAGAAAAGAAUUUGUCAUAGAGAGUGCAGCAGCUAUCAAUAAAUUAGCUAUUAUAGAAAGGCAGGGAGUUAAAGGUCUAGAUGUAGUAUCUGUCAGGCAAUCACUUUAGGACUGCCACUCAAAUGAUUCUUCCAAAUUACUCCCUAGUGCCACCAAUAUCAGAAGCUCUGAAUACUCAUUUAUGCAGCAUAAAAAGGAAUGGAAAAAUGAGAGGGAAAAGGGGCAUGUGUGGAAGAGGAAAAAUAAUCAAGCAGCACCUUUGAGACUUGUAUUUUAACAUGAGCUUUGAUCGAUAUCAUUCUACUUCUUCAGAUACACUGAUGGAGUGAGAUUAAAGCCAUGGGUAUUUAAGCACAGUAAUGUAGUUGUAGGAGUGGAGUGGAAUGCAAUAGGAUACAAAAUGAUGCAAAUUGUCUCAUGUGUGUCUUUAAUAUAAUUGCAUAAUUGCAUCUGAAAAAGUGGACUGACACAAAUGUUCAAGCAAAAAUAAAAUAGUCUCAAAGGUGCUGCUAGAUUUCGCCCUCUUCCCAUUACCCCCUUAUUAUGCUGAAACAGACUAAAUUGGUUAUCUCUUUGAAAAUUCCUUUAUAUGGGUUUCUCAAAGUGCAGGAACCAGGCUAGCCUUGGCACUUCCUUUGAAGAAUAAUGCUAACAGUUGCUCAGAAGCAUAUACUAAUUUAUUCAGAUAUUAUAGUGAGUCUUGUGGUGGUCAGAUUAGGGUAAAAUUAUUUUCUAAUGGCCUGAGCCCUGUCUGAACUGUCUGAUCUAUUGGCAGGACCCUUGUACAUUUUUUACAUCCCAUUUUGAUUCAUUCAUUAUAAAUGGAAACCCAGUCUCCUCUUGGAACAACAAUAAUGACAAUAAUGUAAUUAUGAAAUAUUCAGAACAAAUUAAACCAGUUAAAGGUGACCAAUAUGACUUGUUAUGACCUUGAGUGUUUGUCAAAUAAACACUUGUCUUGGACAACGUAGAAGAAACAGACCAAAGAACAUAUUUAAUGUAAAUAAAUUCUCAGAUGGAUAGGGGGAUGUGGAUUUUGCCAUACCAAAUAUGUAGCCUUCUCUUUAUGCAGUGCAAGCGA